CUGACACUCUUUCCCUGUUGCACUACUGUGGGCCACUGGGAAGCAGUGCAAUGAUGAAAGGGCAUCGGUCAGGCCCAGCCCACCACCCAUAGCGCCUGAAGGGAGGGAGUUUUGGGGCCUCACUCCACUUCCUAGCAGUUAGGAGCAGGUGCGGAACUGGGCUGGACCCUUCAUCAGAGGAUUAGGUGAGUGCAGAGCUGGGGGAUCCUCCCAUAAAUUCUCCUUCUGGGUUAUGGCUGGACAGGAGCAAGGGGCAGAGGCCCUGGAUUCAGAAAAGCUCUGGUUUGAAGAAGAUCUUUCCACACUAACUCCCUGGGUAAGACUGGGGACUCCAGGUUCGGUCAGGGCCUUGUGGAGAAAUGGAGACGCACUGUGUUGCCUGGCUCAGACCCAGCUCAACUUUGAGCAUGUGCAGGUGAACUACACCCAGCCCUCCUUGAGGGCUUGGGGAGGGUCAGACUCUGGAGAGAACAUUCUCCUGGGUUCUUAGGAGCAGCACUAUCUGGGGUGGGUGGGUGGACUUGGGCUAUGAAGCCCACAGGUGAUACCCAUCAACCAUGCCAGUUUGUUCUCUUACAGGGAGGUAUGCUGCCCUGAGACUGCAGGAGGGACCAAGAGGUGCCUGGCAUGCACAUCCUAACAGCUACAAUUAGGGGGAUUGCCAAGGAGCCAGGCCCCAGGCGUGCCUGCAAGGCCACCUCCUCUAUCAGGACCUGCCGCAAUGCAAAAGGCUUUUUUAUGUGCCCAGUGAGUCAUUCAAGCCUGUCUCCUUUGAGAGGAGGCCUACGUUUCCAGAUGGGCAUUUGGGAGUACCUCUCACCCCUGGCUGAGCACAUCAAGAUGUCAGCUUCACCCCCACCCUGGGGGGUAGAAGACCGGGCAUCCAUGGCUGGAAGUGGCCAUCCUUAUUUCUGGGUAGAUUCUGUGCCCACUAGCUGGAGACCCUCAUACAGCUGUCUCUGGCCCUUGCUGGGGGAUGCUUGUGAACUCAGGGCUUUGCUCAUAUGUUCCCUCCUAGGGAAAGCCUUUCCUGGGCUCCACAGCAUCCAAUAUCCCUCCAGCAGAGCCUGUUAGAUUGAAAUUUCUCAUUGUGGCUGAAGUCCUCAUUACACUGGGAGCCCUGAGGGCAGGGACAAUGUCCCUUUUUAUAUCUCUCUUGGCAGUGCCUGGCACAGAGGAGGGGGCCAAUACAACUUUAAAAAAUACAAAUAAGUACAUAUAGUGUGAAGUAUUAUUAGCAUAACAUGGUGGGGGGGAUUAAUUAGGGGUCUGUUUGACCCCUCAGAGGAUUUGUGCUGUAUAUAAAGGCAAAUACUAUAUAUUUCAAAGUAAAGUCUUUUUUUUUUUUUUUUAAGAUUUUUAUUUAUUUAUUUGACAGAGACCCAGCUAGAGAGGGAACACAAGCAGGGGGAGUGGGAGAGAAGCACACAGCAUCAGGAAGUAGAAUGAAGAUUUGAACCCAUGUGUAUCAUAUCUGUUUGCACCCCUAGGCUAAAAUUUUUUUUCCUCCUUGAUUGUUUCCAUCUUGCUCUCUGACCUCAAAGCAGGAGGAAGUGAGGGCCUACGCUGGGAGAGGGUUGGUGGUUUGGCAGUGGGAGGUGAAAAAUCUCUUUUGACUUCUCAGAUACACUCCAUGGAUCUCAGGUUGAUCGGGGUGAAUGGGUGUGGAGGGCGACAGAGAGGAAGCAAUCCAGGGUGGACCCCCUUAUCAAUCAAUGUGGCUGCGGUGGUUGGUGGUGACAUCGCUGAUCAAGUAGGAAGGGAGAAGAGAAGCAGGUUUGGGGUUGGGAGGGAAGAAGCUGUAUGCCAAACUGGAUAUGUUCAGCAUGAGACGCCCAAGAAACAACCCCAGCCGAAACUUGGAUGUGGUUCUGGAAUUCAAGGGAGGUCUGAGCCUGAGACGCAGGUUAGAGUUAGUUAAGUCAGCUCUGAGUUGGGACCAAGAAGUGGGGUAAGAUCGUCCCAGAUGGUACCCUGAAGAUGAGGCCUUCUGAAAUGCAUAAGGAGCAGCUGGAGAUGCUCGUGAAGAGGAAACCGCGAGUACAGAGCAAAGGAGUGGUUAUACAGGGGAAGAGAAGACAGAAGCUGAGGAGGGUUGGGUUUGAUACUGGAGAGUAAAUCAGGAGAGGAAGAGUGAAGUCUGGGACUAGAGGAGUUAGGGACUGAGUGAAGCCCUUGGGGUGUUGUCUACAGACCGCGAGGAGGGAGGGCGAGCACACGGAAUGGGGAGGGGAGAGAGCCUUAAAGAAGUUUGAAGAGGGGCGCCUGGGUGGCUCAGUUGCUUAAGCGACUGCCUUCGGCUCAGGUCAUGAUCCUGGAGUCCGGGAUCGAGUCCCACAUCGGGCUCCCUGCUCAGCAGGGAGUCUGCUUCUCCCUCUCAUGCUCUCUCUCGCAAAUAAAUAAAAUCUUUAAAAAAAAAAAAAAAAGAAGUUUGAAGAGUAUGGCUGCUGACCAUGUUCUCUGCGUGGUCAUAGCCGGCUCCCCCAUUAAGGCCUGCAACACGCUAGCGCGACGGGGCCUCCGCGGUGCGCGGCAGCGUUUGCCCGGUCAGCGUUUGCCCCGUCGAAGGCUCCAGAGCGCAUGCCUAGAGCGGUGGGCAUUGUCACGUGCGGCCGCCUCGCGCGGAUUGGCCCCCCGCCCGCGAGCUCCGGGGGGAUUGGCUAGAGCGGUCGGGGCGGUGGCGGCGGCACGCCGAGGGAGGCUGCGUCGGCGCGGCGGCUGUGGGGCAGAGAGCAGGCCACCCAGGCCCGCCCGCAGCCGCUCAGGGAUGGAGGUCCUGGACGAGUUCGACAGCGAGUUCCCCCAGAGUGUGACCUUCUGCCAGCUCAUCUCCGAGGAGGACUUCGAGAGGCAGGCGGCCACCUACACGGAGCGCGCGCUGCGCCGCCUCUUCCGCAGCAUCGACCGCAACCCCGCGCUGGCCGAGAGGGUGGUGCGCAAGGGCAAGCUGGCCGAGUACGAGGGGCGCGGGCUCCUCUCCUUCCUCUGGGCAAAGUUCUUCUGUGCGGUUCAGGGGGAGCUGAAUUGUUGCAACAGCAUGGGUGCCCUGGAGAUGCACCAGCGCCUGGAGCAGCUGAAGAGGAGCAUUCACCGCGUGCACCUCUACUCUCAGGAUGCCAAGAAGAAGAGAAGAAAGCCAAAGCUGAAGAAACCAGAACCCGUCCUCUUGCAAGACCACUCAACUUCCCCAUGCCUGCCACCAGCCCUGCUGCCACCUCCACCGCUGCCGUCACCUGCCACCACCAUGGCCUCCGUGGUGGCCCCAUCACCCCCUGUCUACACCAUGCCUCGGGUCUUUGGCCCCUUCCCUCCGCUGCCCAGCAAGUCGAUGGAGAACUUGGAGGUUGCAAGGUCAGAAGUGAAAUUGAACUGGCCUGGCCUGUCAUCGAACCCAAAGAGACACAUGGUUGAUCUGACCCCCUUGGUCCUCAACCCCGGAGGCUUCCAUUUCUCGUACCUGGCUGGAAACAGUGCACACAAGCUCCGUUGCCCUGGCUUCCCCUGGUAUAUGGCUGAAAGAACUGAAGUAGAGACUCAAACAGAUGCUUGCACGUGAAUGUUCAUAGCACCAGUUUCACAGUGGCCAAAAGGAGAAGACAACCCAAGUGUAUCCAAGAUGAACAAAAUGUGACCUAGUCAUGUAAUAGAAUGUUGAAACAAGUGAAAGAAGCCAGCACGAAAGGACAAAUUAUUGUAUGGUUCCUGUUACAUAGAAUAUCUAGAAUAGGCAGAGUCCUAAAGACAAAGUAGAUGAGAGGUUACCAGGAACUGGGAGAAGGGAGUGAGUUGCUUAAUUGUACAGUUUGUUUGGGGUGAUAAAAAAGUUCUGGAAAUAGAUAGCGGUGAUGGUCACAGGAUAUUGUGAAUGUAUGUAAUGCCACUGAAUUGUACACAUAGAAAUGGUUAAAAUGGUAAAUGUUAUGUAUAUUUUACUACAAUUUAAAAAAAAAGAAAGAAACCCUAGCACUACUUAGCUGUCACCCCCAGGUCCUCCACCCCCAGCCCUAGGCAGCGAUUAACUUACUUUCUCUGUGGAUUUGUCUGUUCUGGACAUUUCAUAUAAAUGAAACCAUACAAUAACAUGGUCUUUCGUGACUGCCUUCUUUCAUUUAGCAUAAUGUUUGCAAGGUUCAUCCAUGUCAUAGCAUGUGUUACUGCUGAAUUUCCUGGCAGAAUAAUUUAUUUUUAUUUAUUUAUUUUUAAAGAUUUUAUUUAUUUAUUUUGGAGUGAGAGCGAGUGCACUCCUGUGAGUGGUGGUGGGUGGGGAGAGGGAGAAGGAGAGAGAAUCUCAAGCAGACUCUGUAUUUAGCAUAGAGCCCAACGCAUGGCUCGAUCUCACAACGCUGAGAUCACGACCUGAGCCCAAACCAAGAGUCGGAUGCUUAACUGACUGACCCACCCAGGCGCCUCCAGAAUGAUUUACUUUUUAUUAUUUUUUUUAAAGAUUUUAUUUUUAUUUAUUUGACAGAGAGAGGCACAGCGAGAACAGGAACACAAGCAGGGGGAGCAGGAGAGGGAGAAGCAGGCUUCCUGCAGAGCAGGGAGCCCAAUGUGGGACUCGAUCCCAGGACCCUGGGAUCAUGACCUGAGCCGAAGGCAGACGCUUAACGA